AUGCCUCCCAAAGGAUCCGGAAAGAAGCCUGCGGCUUUCCCCCAGGCCACCUCCAAGGCCUCUGCCGCCAAGAAGCAAAAGAACCCUCUCAUCGAGAAGCGUCCUCGCAACUAUGGCAUCGGUCAGGACAUCCAGCCCCAGCGCAACGUUGGCCGCAUGGUCCGAUGGCCCGCUUACGUCCGCCUUCAGCGCCAGAAGAAGAUCCUCAACAUGCGCUUGAAGGUCCCCCCGGCGAUUGCCCAGUUCCAGCACGUUGCCGACCGUAACCUCGCCACCCAGGCUUUCAAGAUCCUCAACAAGUACCGUCCCGAGACCAAGGCCGAGAAGAAGGAGCGUCUUACCAAGGAGGCUACCGCCGUCUCUGAGGGCAAGAAGAAGGAGGAUGUCAGCAAGAAGCCCUACGUCGCCAAGUACGGUCUCAACCACGUUGUUGGCCUCAUCGAAAACAAGAAGGCUUCCCUCGUCCUGAUCGCCAACGACGUCGACCCCAUCGAGCUUGUUGUCUACCUCCCUGCUCUCUGCAGGAAGAUGGGUGUCCCUUACGUCAUUGUCAAGGGCAAGGCCCGUCUCGGUACGGUCGUCCACCAGAAGACCGCCGCUGUUCUCGCCCUCACCGAGGUCCGCUCCGAGGACAAGAACGAGCUCCAGAAGCUCGUCACCGCUGUCAAUGACGGCUACCUCGAGUCACACCACAAGGACGCUGCCCGUCACUGGGGAGGUGGUAUCAUGGGUGCCAAGGCCAACGCCCGCAUGGAGAAGCGCAGGAAGGCUGUUGAGAGCGCUAUCAAGAUCUAA